UCCUGUCAUCUCACUACUGUCCUAUUACAAAAAAAGGCAUAAGAAGGCCAAAAAUAUAAGUAAAAAAAACCCCUAAAAUGUCUAGUUUGAACUUGCCAUUUGCUAGCAACUGAUUUCUUCAUGGAAGCUUUGCGUUCAAAUAUUUCAAGUCAGAUCAGUGUUUCGUGUCUAUUUAUUUUGACAUGAAGCAUCUAAAUAAUCUACCAAGCAGCUGUGUAAUUAGUGAGAUAAUAUACAUUAAGCCAGUUGUUAUCGCAAAAUAAAGAUGUAUAGUAUCCCUUACUUAUUAUAAUCUUGGAUUUUGAAAGUCUGACAGUAAUCAGUGUUGAACACUACUGUAAGGUUAACUCUGGCUGGUUUAAACGUUUCGAAAUGAUUAACAGUUGAAAAUAUUUGAAAUUUAGAAAAGUAAUCACAAAGUAAUUAAAAGUAAUAAGUUAGAUUACUUUAAUAAAGUAAUUGAAAAGUUACACUGCUUAUUACAUUUUAAAUCAAGUAACUUGUAAUCUGUAACCUAUUACAUUUCCAAAGUAACCUUCCCAACACUGGACAGCAGAUAAUGAAGAUGCUGGAGAAGCACAAUCGCACAUCAAAAAUAAAAUCUGAGCGUCCGACAGUUUUUUUACUCCUCCUUUCUCAAAUUUCAAGUUACGAAAUCCCCGCCUAUACUACAUAUCCCAUGAUUCAAAAUAGGGGCGGGACAUAGACGUAAAGAAACACACACCCGAGACGCUCAUUUGCUCAACCGCGCCUCACGAUGACUGGGCGGGGAUUGUCUUGUUUGGUUAUUGUAAAACCAAGAAAGUUACACAAGCGUCAGGAUUUUGUAACGCACACAUUAGCUACUUUUUAAUUGUUACCACUCGUAAUUGAGCCUCCAGUGUCUUCUUGGUUUUACACCGGAGCGAACAAUCAGAGCGCUGAAACAAAAAGCUUUGUUUUUUAUUCACGAAGAUAGAAUAAUCGAGAAAUUUUGAAUUAUACAAGGACUCCAUCAACUGAGACGACAUAGGCAUAUACGUUUGGACUGAAAGUAAAAAAUGAAAUAAAUACAAACAACCGGGAUGUUAUUUUUGAUUCAAUAACAGAUAAUACGCGUAACGGGUCUAGGUCUAGACGCGCGGGAGAGAUAGUGACAAGAAGACAGACGCGCACCCUUAAAAUAUGGAGUUGAAUUCAGUGAUUUUGACAACUGGAUCUUCGGUAGGCUUUUUCAAAUUAGUAAGCUAUGGAAUCGGCAAACUUCCCAUUCCCGAGACCGCUCAGAGGAACAGCUGGAAAUGGAAAAACAUCUCCACGUCUUUCGUACACAGCCUCCUGACUGGAGUGUGGUCCGUGCUUUGUUUUUGCAUACAUCCCCAGAUGGCUGAGGAUUUGAUAGAAACAUACUCCGUUUUCUCACACGCCUUGGUAUCUGUAUCAAUCGGGUACUUUAUAUAUGACUUCUUUGAUAUGGUUAUGAACCAGAAGAUCACUCAUUCAUGGGAGCUCCUUUUUCACCAUGUAGUGGUUAUCACCUGUUUCGGGAUCUCUGUUUUGACCUGUCGAUAUGUGGGUUUUGCAGUGGUGGCUCUGUUGGUGGAGAUCAACUCAAUCUUUCUGCACCUGAGGCAAGUGCUCCGCAUGGCCAACCUGGCCAAAAGUACAUUUUACCGCGUCAACAGCAUGAUAAACCUGGGCACCUACGUAGUGUUUCGUAUCAACACUCUGGCCUGGAUGACCCGCUGGCUGGUGCUGAAUCGUGACCUCAUCCCCUUGAUCAGCUACACCAUCGGCAGCGUGGGUCUGGCCAUCAUGACCGUCAUGAACAUUGUCCUGUUUUACCGCCUGAUGAGAAGUGACUUCAUGAAGUCCAGCCGUGAGAAGGACGUUAGGAAAGAGAAGGAGAAAGAAAUGUAAGACGAGGACCGAUCACACUCUAGCUUCAGCUCCGACCAAAUUCACUCUCUUUACCCAAACUUUGGGGAAAAGUUCCUUUCAACCUGCUGACUUCAUUCCUGCAACAUCUGAUUGUCGACUAGUUUGAAGUUCUAGUCUUUUUGACUUCAUCUCAUGUAGACCUCAAGCUGUGCUAAGAUUUUUAUGUUGGCUAUCGUCACAGGUUUACAGAUGUCUGAAAUGCAUGACAUUUAUACACAUGCAACCUUAUGCUCAAAUACUCCUGCAUGAUUUAUUCAAUGACUCAAAACUUAUUACAUUACAUAAGUUGAAAUGAACUGGAUCUGCUUACCUUUAUCUAAUCAUAUGCUAAUGCUGAUCUACCCCAUGUAAUGUAGGCGCUAUAUAUUAAAUGUAAGCAAAUAUUCUCAAAUAGGAACGAAAUAUGUGGGAUUAAAUAUGGGAAAAUAUAUUUAUAUGCAGUGCUGGAUAGAGUGAUUACAAAAUGUAAUCGGUUACUGAUUCCAAAUUGGAUGUCAAAAAUGAAACAUUUUAGGUAAUAUAAUCAGAUUACUUUUAGAUUACUUUUGACUUGUUUAUCACACUGAUUUAAAUAGGAUAAUCUUGUACCAUAUUUGUAUAUAAAAAACAAAGAGAAGAAAUUAUAUUCCAUUAACAAAAUGAAGGCUGUUAAACGUUACAACAGCUGUUAAUUUUUUUUUAAAAGAUGUUUCUUAUGCUCAUCAAGGCUGCAUUUAUUUGAUCAAAAAUCCAGAAAAAACAUUGUGAAAAAUAUUGUGAAAUAUUAUUUCAGUGCAAAAUAGUGUGAUGUGUGAUGUGUUCUGAAUAUAAUUCAUUCCUGUGAUGCAAAGCCGAAUGUAACCAUCAUUACUCCAGUCUUCAGUGUCACAUGAUCCUUCAGAAAUCAUUGAAAUAUGCUGAUUUAUCAUCAGUGUUGAAACAGUUGUGCUGCUUAAUAUUUUGUUGAAACCUGUGAUGCUUUUUUUAGGAUUCCUAGAUAAAUUAAAAGUUAAAAAGAAAAGCAUUUAUUUAAAAUAUAAAUCUUUUGUAACAAUAUAAAUUACCUUUUAAAGGUUUGUGGUCAGUAAAUUUUUAUUCAUUCUUUUUUUUUUUUUUUGAAAGAAAGAAAUUAGUACUUUUAUUCACCAAGGAUGUUAAACUGAUUUAAAAAAGUGAUGGCAACAACCGAUAUUGUUUAAAAAGAUCUAUUUAUAAAUAAAUGCUGUUCUAUUUAACUUUUUAUACAUCAAAGAAUCCUGAAGAAAGUAUGAAAGGUUCCAAAAAAAAAUAUUAAGCAGUACAGUUUCCAACAUUGAUAAAAGUAAUAAAUCUGCAUAUUAGAAUGAUUUCUGAAGGAUCAUGUGAUACUGAAAACUGGAGUAAUGGUUGAUGAUAAAUUCAGGAUUGCAUCACAGGAAUAAAUUUUAUUUUUAAAAUAUAUUAAAAUAGAAAAAUAGAUAAUAUUUAAAUAAAUAAUUAAAUUUUUUUCUGUAUUUGUGAUCAAGCAAAUGCAGCCUUGAUGAGCAUAAGGGAAUAUUUAAAAAAAAACAUUAAAAAUCAAAAAUUUAAAUGGUAGGCUAUUUUUAAGGAACAUUUAAAAGAUUAAAAUUAAAGUUAGGUAGACCAAAUAAAUUAUGACCUAUUAAAUGCUAUUGUGAGAAUAUAUAAUCAUGUAAUCAGCAAAAAAGUAACUGUAUUUGAGUAUUUUAAAAAGUAAUGUAAUCUAAUUAUUAAUUUUGGAAUCUGAUUACGUAAUCCAAAUUACAUAUAAUCAGUUACUACCCAGCGCUGUGUAUAAAUAUAAAUAAAUAUAUAUAUAUAUAUAUAAAUAUAUAUAUAAAUAUAUAUAUAUAUAUAUAUAUAUAUAUAUAUAUAUAUAUAUACAUACACACACACACACACACACACACACACACACACACACACAAAGACCAUUAAAGUUUGGUUUAUUUAUUAAAACUAGCAUUUAACACCUACACUUGCUACCUCAUGAGCUUGUAGCAGUAUCAUCAUAAUUCUGUACAGUUUUUACAUAGAGUUCACUCAAAUUAUAAAGUUCGUUCUUCUGUGGAAACCAAAAGGAGAAAUUAUUUUCUCACUGCUUUCUUCCAUACAAUGAAAGUGACUAGUGACCGGGGCUCAUAAAAGUAAUAUAACCGUAGCACAUAUGACUUUUUUAGUCUUUUGAAGCUGUGUGAUAGAUUUGAUGAUGACACAUUUUCCAUUUUUGAGUGAACUGUCCCUUUAAAAUCUGACAGAAUUCCAUUAGAGCUGUUUUGAGUUGACAUUCUCUUUACUGACUAGUACUAAUGAAUGAAGUAACCAUGGACAGAAUGUGCUUGGUGUUCAGUACUGUAUCUACAACGAAGGGGUAUGAUUUAAUUUGCUGAAUGUGAGUUAGUUUUACCCUGUGGAUGAAUACCACUAUUCUCCAUUGAUCUGUUACCGUUUAAGUGGAGAAUCUGAAUCAUGAUGCUGAAGUUUUUACAAAAGCUAUUGGGAUUAAAACACUCCUGCUCUUUCUUAUGAUGUAACAUUGUGUGUCAUUGCACAAAUCAUGCCUGUAGGUGGCACUACACACAUACACAAACAACAGAGACCUCAUGUUAGCUUGCGCUAAUACCUAGUCUAUAGAGAGGCGAUGGUUAAAGCAGCACUUAUAUUGCUUUAAAUGUGCUGAACGGUUUUAUUUUUUAUUUUAAUAAAGCUUUGUAAUUUCUUUUUUGUUUUAUUUUGUAUAUUUGGAAUUUAUUUGUACUGAAUGUCAUUGAUUGUUUUGGAGGCAAACAAAAAAAUUCACGUUUGAGAACAAAGCGAAUGGUGGAACACUGUCUUGUGCAAAAUUAUGUUGUGAUUUUGUUGGUGGUAAACAAAGAAUGGUCCUGGUCAGAUGAACUAAAGUAAAGGCAUUUAUUUGUGUAGCCUUAUUUCAUACAUUCAGUGCCAUUAAGAUUGUAGACUGAAUUCUGUUUCUAAUUGGAUUUGGAAAGAGUGGCCUGUCUGUCCGGUGGGAAAGUUGACACGUUGUAACUGCAUGUAGCAUCACCGACUUGUGCCACUAAACUAGUUUUUCAAAGCACCAAAGUCUAAGUUUUAAUCUGGUGUACUCCUGCCUUAUAUUUACUGUUUGAAGGAGGGAUUAACAAUUUAGGAAGUAAAAAAGCUACUCAUGUUAAAAUUACAGGAACUUGAAUGCAAAUGAAAAAUAGAACAAUAAACAUGCACUGAAUUAGUAAAACUUUUUUUUUUUAACCUUUUGGCAGCUUCAUAUGUGGUUGUAUAUGUGUUCCCUAGUGAGGUAACUGGUAUAUAAAUGUAUUUAAAGAGGAAAAUGUGUAAUUUUUAGUUUUUGAGAGAAAACCAAUGUGACUUACAACUUUCUAAAGAUCAUUUCAGCAAUGCGGUUGUCCUUCACUUGAGAUUCGGCAUUUCUGUACUGUCACUGUGUUUGGUGAAAGAUAAACUACUGUUGUAUUGUGGAUCUAAAUUUUUGAGCAUAGUGUUGCAGUGUUUUCCAAAGCCAUAAUUACAGAGAAAAUAAACAAUAGGAGAAAAAAAAAAAUAUAUAUAUGCCCAUUCCAGAGGAGAGCAUGACAAAAGGAAAAAGGUCUUUUCCUUUUGCUUACUUUAUUUACCCUUGCUGUUUUAUUAAGCCUAAUCAUUUAAGUUUUAAACAAUUGUAUGUAAAAUGUAUAUAGCUCAAUUUUAUUUUUGUUUGGAUGAAUUAUUAUUAUUGUUUUGUAAUUAAUAUCAAAAUGCUUUGUAUAUGACCUUUAUAUUGUUAAUCGUGAAAUAAAACGUUAUUAACACUUUA